AUGGAAAGCAGCAGCCCACCCGACUACCAAGCGCUAUAUUUGAGGGCUGAGGAAGAGAAGAAAUUGGCAGAGGAGGAACGCCAGCGGGAAGCACAGCUUAGGAAACAAGCAGAGGAACGCGAACGACAAGCUGAGGAACGCCAACGACAAGCUGAGGAACGUCAACGACAAGCUGAGGAACAUCAGCAGCAAGCAGAGCAGGAAAGGGACAAGGAAAGGGAGCAAACACAACAAACCACCUUUGCAGAGCUAAUUCAAUACUGCCACAACUAUACUUCUCUAUGCCUGAGAGUCGAAAGUCCAUCCCGUUCUACGACGGGAACGGUUCCGGCGCCUAAGGGGAAGCGCUGUCCGCUGCAACUUCUGCCUUAG